AUGUCGAUUUGGUGGGUAAGGCCUUCUUGUCAGGCCUUCUUUGAGACCAAGGGCGUGAAAUUCUUCGGCGGCAAGACCGCUUUGGAGAUUAAGAAGAGUGGAUCAUCUCUGCAGGCAGUGCUCCAAUCCGGCGAGGUUAUAUCCUGCGAUUCGAUUGUGGUGGGUGUUGGAGUCAUCCCUAAUGCGAAGUUUGUCCAGGGUGCAGAGAAGGCUCCUGAUGGCUCUUUGGUGACUGACCAGUUCUUGAAAGUCUCAGGUGUUGAAGAUCUUUUUGCAGCAGGAGAUGUGGCGAGCUAUCCAGAUACGUGUGGGGAUCGAGCUGGCUUGAUGAGGGUCGAACAUUGGGAUGUUGCGACCAGCCAGGGUCGAUUUGCAGCCAAGAACAUGGUGGGGAAACAGGAGCGCUUUGACCAGACCCCCUUUUUCUGGACAUCCCUGUUUGGGAAGAAUCUCCGAUAUGUGGGUCAUUGCAAAGAGUUCGACGAGCUUUUGGUGGAUGGUGAUCUACAAAAGCUAAACUUUGUAGCCUACUACUGUCAGAAGAAUGAAGUGAAGGCGGUAGCCACGAUGUCUCGUGAUCCGGUAGCUGUGGUGGUGGGAGAGCUCAUGCGCAUGGGCAAGAUGCCAAGUGUCGCUGAUUUGAAGUCUGGCAAGGCCUCAACGGCAGGGCUGGCAGCUCAACUAAAGCAGAGUUCCUAA